AUGUCCAACAGAUCAUACCGAGGCUCCGACAAUACCCUGAGCUACAAUGGGAGUGCCACGUUCCGGUCGCAGACCAAUAGUGUCUCCAAGCUCAGUUCCGGGUCGUCCAGCAGUGUGCGCUUCGAGGCGCUUUCCAUUGAUCAUUUCCGUCUGAUGUCCGAGAAUAUGCCCGUGUCUCUGCCUACGUCGGCCAACAAUAGCGGCACUCCUAAUAAUUCGUCUCAGGGCUUAUCUCUGGACUCGCGCAAGUCUAUCACCAAGGAGAGACUAUUGGCAUACCUGCUGUACGUAGACGACAUCAAUUUUGUCCAGGACCAGCGAAACUAUCUCCAAGGCUCGGGCCCGCAGGAUCUAUCGUUGGCGCAGACAUUGCUGCAGGAGAGCUUCAAUGUGGCCUCCAACAUCGUUCCGGGAUACACCCUUCUGCAUCGCCUUUCUGCGUCCGGCCUGAGCUCUUUGUGCUAUGUGGCCACCCACGACGCCUCGGGGGCACUGGCCAUCAUUCGCCUCAGUCCAGAUAUCUCUGAGUGUGAUCAUGUGGCCCGGUUUGUCAAUGACUGGUACCUUACCCUGGGACUCAAUCCGCCCCUGUGCCCACGUCUUUGGACCAACAAAGAAUUGGUCAAGGAGUACAUCAACUCACCCACUAGCUUUGCAUCCAAAUACGAUUUCGAGGUGCCUAGUCAUUCCGUGAAGCCCACACAUGAGGAGUGGCGGCAGCCAUUGACGUUACCUAAAAAUGUCAAUGGAGUUUUAUAUCCUAUAGAAUGCUACAAUGUUGUUACCAGAAAGGAGAAUAAUACAACAAAACGCAUGGCGAUGGUAUACCUUGAUUUUGGCUACAAGACCAUUCGCGAUUACUACAAUGACAAAAGCAAGCCUAUUCAAACAGACAAGUCUUCUCUAAAUAGUGGCAGUGUGAAGUCAGUCCUUUCCGAAUUGAGCGCCGAAGCAAAUCCUGGCGCAGAGAGAAUUCUUACAAACAACUUAGGAAGCGGUGAGUUUGAUGAUCUAGCUAACAGAGUUCGCCAGAUACCCAAAAGUCAAGAAACCGUCUACGAGAUUCUCGUUGACAUGAUCGAAUUGCUUCACACAAUCUGUAUCUGCCACGAACUAGGAAUAGUUCACAACGGCAUCACUAGUCAUCAUAUUCUUCGCUCCACCAUCUCCAACAAAAAGCUCAAGUCUAUGAGGAAAGAUCGCGUGGUUUUGACGGGCUUUGACUUUGGUUUUUCUGUCGUUUACGAAGAUUCAUUCCAUGCCUUUAGAAAAAAGAACCUUAGAGCAAUCGAUGAUCUCCUACCUUAUAUGUCACCGGAAAACACUGGUGACGCGGUAUCUCUCGUGAAUUAUAGCACUGACAUAUACUCAGUGGGUAUAGUGUUGUACGAGUUGAUUGUUGGCUGUCUUCCUUUCCAAUCAGAUAACCCUGUUCGUCUAAGAAAAAUGCAUUUGAGCCAAAGACCAAUUCAGCCGUAUUUAUUAGGAAAAUCCUGGAUCACUUUGGAGCUCAAUAACAUCAUUAUGAAAUGUUUAGAGAAAAAACCCCAAGACCGUUACAUUUCAGCGGCGCAAUUACAGCAUGACUUGAGACGUGCCCUCAAAGCCUACGCGAGCCAAUCAAAUCUUUUGGAUGGUUUGUCCAUCGAAACUAGGCUUGCAGCAGCCAGUGAAUUGCGUCCGGAUCUACCUGUUUUGGACACAUUUCCAAUCAAAAUGCACCCCAUCAAGGUGAGAGACUCAGUUUUUGACUAUUGUUACCAUAAUCAACAAGCUUCCAAAUUGAUCGUGGUCAAGGGUGGUUCUGGCGUAGGGAAAACUACCAUAAUAGAAGAAAUGGCUGGUCAAGCAGUUUCUCGGUAUGACUUUGUGAUACCAUGGUCAUAUGAUUGUUCUGAUAUGAACGUCACUAAGUAUGCUUCGUUGAUUUACGGUAUCCAUACGAUCACUAGACAAAUUUUGUCGUCCUCAACAGAGAAUAUUUCAGAGUGGCGACACAAGCUAACAAAUGAAAUUGACACAGACUUGAGUAUUUUGUUUCAAGCUGUACCAGACUUAAAAUUACUUUUAGGCCCCCACUACCUAAAUUUAAGGCAGGAAAUAGUUGACAAUAGUGGUUUCAAAGCUCGUUCAACCUCAAGAUCAAUGUUUCCCUUGCGAACCUUGCUAGCUGACGAACCUGGCACCGAAUACCUUACGCCCAGAGAAGCUCAACUGAAUUUGAUUGACGAGCAGGCACUCAGUCUUGAACUCAAAUAUAAGUACAUUUUCAAAAAGUUUUUCAACUUGGUUUCUCAAAGGGGCCUCACCAUCAUUCUUGAUGAUGUACAGUGGUGCCCAAAACAGGAAAUGGAAGUAUUCUAUGAAAUCAUAGAUUUCAUUCACAGCUCUGGUAAGAGUCACAACAUAUCCAUUCUUGCUUCUUAUCAUACAAACAAAGCUGUAUCAAAAUUUGAGAACAAAAGAUUGGAGCUACGGUACUUGGAAGUAAUGGCCAAAAGUCUAGGCAUCCUAUACAAGGAAUUCCAGGUUGAUGACCUUGAGAUCGGUGAGUUCACAGAAUAUCUUGGCACUAUCUCUUUGACCAAGCCUCUUGGGAGUAAUCCAGCGAGGGCCCAGAAGCUUUAUGAUUUGACGCUCGGCAAUCGAUUAUCAUUGAAUUAUAUUUCCAGGUUUUAUAAAUUGAAGAAUCAAUUUGAAGAGACCGACUGGAAGUCAAUGGUGUCUUUUGCACAAGAUCAAGAUAAAGACCGUCUGCUGCAGUUGCUAAUCGAUAAAAUUAUCGAAGCUUACAUUGGCGAAUUUUCAUCGGAAAAUGUAGUCAAGCUUCUCAAGUUUGCAGCCAUCACAUGUGUGAACGGACUUUUCAAGAUGUCUGACUUGAUGAUCGUAACGGGCUUCUCUUUGUUGGAGACUCAUAAGAUACUACAACUCUGCAUGGAAACCAAGUUAUUCAUUCCAUCAGGUAUUUAUUACAAAUUGCCCUUCCAUUUAAUUGCAAAAGACGAGUUUCCUUUUGAACUCGAUGAUUCAAUUGCUUGGAACUGGACUGCUCAAACGCGUUACAGAUUUGACCACAACGUAAUUCAUUUCAAUUUACUAAAGCAAUUAGAGAGAGAUGGCGAGUUCCAUGAAUAUCAUCGUCUCGCUGGACUUCGAUUGAAAAAAAGCUUACUGCAGGAAACUGCUGUAAACAUUUCUGAUUACCUUAGUAUGGCUUCGCACAUUUUGAUGUCAAUCGAUGUUGCCAGGGAAAAAGAUUUUGAGAAGUAUUAUGAGGCAUUGGUAAGCGGUGGGCGCUAUGCUAUAGCCACUUCUAAUCUUGAGCUCGCGCUCAAAUUCUUCACAGCAUCCCAAAAAUUUAUUCCGAAGUCAGAUACGCGCAGACUCCUCAAAGGUGCUUUGACAUGUAUCCAAUGUAACUAUCUCCUCAAAAAUUUCGAAGACUGCAUCAACCUUAUUCAAAUAGCAGAAGAAGACUUCGGGAAAGACAAUUGGAUACUCGUUCACUUGAAGGUUCGUUCAUUGUUCAAUGCUAGGCAAUUCAAACGAGGAAUGAAAAAAGCGGUCAAAACUCUCCAGGCUUUGGAUGUCGAAGUUUACCUCAACGAAGAACAAUGCAGACCUCUUGCUGAUAAAUUGUUUAGCCUGCUUCCUUUAUCUGUAUCAGAGAUAAGGGUCCUCAAAACUCUCAAGAAGGCUACAGACCCCAAAUUUAUACUCAUUGCAGAAUUGAUAAUGGAUGUUUUGAGUCCUUCUUAUGUCUUAGGACUCACUGAGUUAAGAAAGGUGCUUCUAUCCCAACUUAUACAUCUCAUGAUAAGGUAUGGCUACACAAAUGCCUGUGGUGUUCCCUUAAUACAUUUGGCAAACAUGUUUGUUCAAAAAGCUGAGCUGAUGAGCAUAAUAAAGGCAUCGGAGCUAUCUGAUGUUGCAAUCGCACUCGUAAAUUCAGAUUUGGGGGCAAGUUCUGAAUUCAGCGAACAUUUGAAUGAGAGCUACGUCGUUUACAUGGCUGCUUUCAGGCAACCAUUGAAUGAACUCAUGAAGUUUUCGACCAUGCUCAAUUUUGACACAAAUACCCCGCUUAAAUCACAAGAAUCCUCUCUACUGCUCUUGACCACCAACAGUUUUAUUAUACUUGGGUAUGUUACCGGGUGGACCAGUCUUAAUCAAGCGUUGCUAAAACCAGUGGAUUUAAGUGCCAGCAUCGAGCAGAUAGUUCACAACAAUUGCAUCAGACUUUGGUUGAAUCAAUGUUCUAUUGAAGAAUUCAUGGAGCAGUACAAGAAAUUGUUUACAGAGCUUACACCUGAUCUAGAAUUUUGUUACCUUGGAAGCGCAGUUUUGUAUUGCGCCACUGUUGGAAAGUUUAAUGAGGGGGCUGAGCUUGUUCUUGAUCGUGCUUAUCAUGUCUCGAGGAAACUUCCAAUUUCUUUGAUGCAUGUAAGGUUCCUAUUCUUUUCCGCUAUGUGUCUCUGUUUUAACACAUCUGAACACAACAAAUCAAAAGGAUUGGAUUUGGCAAAAAAAAUUGGAGUACUAUUUGACAUGUGGACAGAGGCUUGUUAUCAAAAUUUUGGCCCCGAGCUGAAGAUCAUUAAGGUCUCAAUAAUUGCUUCAACGUCCAAGAAGCCAUCGCUUGAAAUACUUGAUCAGUUUGAAGAAGCGAUCGAAGCCGCCACAGUCGAAGGUAAGUGGCUUGAGCUGGCUUUGUCAAACCACGCUUGUGCAAUUUGGCUUCUUAGAACAUCAGAGAGCAAAAAAAGAGUUUUUCAUUUCGCAAACGAAGCUUAUUCUAUUCACCGUAUGAUGAACCUCGACAGUCAAGCUGAGAAACUCAAAGCCCAGUUCUCUGAACUCUUUGCAUCUUUCAAUUGGGCUGGAGUUCAAAAAAUGCCAGAUUCGCUGCGGUUACGAAUGGGCGUUUCGAAAGCAUUUAGUGAUGACUUAAUCCAAACUUUCUUAGAUCCACCCGAUUACUCUCCAGCCACAGAAGAUUCCAUUGAUUUUUCUGAAAGGCUGAAUGCAGAACCCAAGAUUGGUGAGAAUUCAGAGCCGCUGAUGAAAGCGGAAGCAGUGACACCUUUCGAUGGUUUUGCCAAUGGACCAACACAGGAUGAUUGGACUCAGGCUAUAAAGUUAUGUCUCUCAAUUUCACAGUCUUCAAGUAUUGAUUCCAUUGUUCUGAGACUCCUUGAGAGCUGUCUAUCUUUCGCUGGAGUGGACUAUGGAGCUAUUAUUUUGAAUUUGCAUACAAAUGAACCUAUGGUGAAAGCCAUUGGAACAGUGAACAAUAUUUACAAACUCGAUGACGAAUCCCUUAUUUCAAGAGCAGAUUUAGUACCUUAUAACUUGGUAAUCGAGUGCUUUUUAAAGGGUGAAAGCAUCAACAAAGACGACAAUCGGAAGUUUUUUGCGAAAAAGUAUGGCAAAGAUGCAUACUACGCUAAUAACAUGUGCAGUUCGGUUCUUUGUGUUCCUAUUAAAACUUCUACAGUAAUUGGCGCCGUGUACUUAGAAAGACACGUGAGGCAACCUCAUCUUGCCAAUGAUGAAUUCAUUUUCGAUAAAAGUAAGUUGGAAUUGCUUGAGCUUCUUUGCUCACAAGCAGCAGUCUCGUUUUCUAAACUGGUUGUGUAUAACCAGAUGGAACUAGCCAAAAAGGCAGCAGAAGAUGCCACAGAAGAAAAGGCUAGCUUCCUUGCCAACAUGUCGCAUGAAAUCAGGACUCCCUUCAACUCUCUAUUUGCAUGCUCAAUAUUCUUACUAGACACCUCCUUAACUCCAAGUCAGCGUGAAUAUGUUGAGACGAUAAAAAAUUCGGCGCUCGUUACUUUGAAUAUUAUCGAUGGCAUUCUUGCUUUCAGCAAAAUUGAACAUGGCUCUUUCACCUUGGAUAAUUCGCCCUUUUCGAUUAACGAUUCUAUUGAAAGUUCUAUCUCCAUUUCGAGUGAUCAAAUCGAGACAAAAGACAUAGAAUUUGUUUAUUUCAACAGAUGCCCCGAAAUAGAGUCUAUAUAUGGAGAUGCCACACGUGUUCGCCAAAUUAUUAUCAAUUUGGUCGGAAACGCCCUAAAAUUUACGAGUGAGGGAUACGUGAAAGUGACUCUUUCUGCGGAAAUAAUUCGUGAAACGAGAUACGAAUUGAAGAUUUCAGUCGAAGACACCGGUAUCGGAAUUCCAGAUGCUUCGAAAUCAAAAAUAUUUGGAGCAUUCUCACAAGUUGAUGGCUCUUCGCGAAGAGUUCAUGGUGGCUCAGGUCUCGGACUUGCUAUUUCGAAAAAGCUUGCUGAAAUUAUGAACGGCCGUAUCACCUUCACCAGUGAAUUCGGAAAAGGAUCUACAUUUGAAUUCUCAUGUCCUUUCGAAGUCGAAUUGCAGAGAGUCCGUCCAUUGAUAAAACCUCAAACAGUGUGUUUGGUAUCCAAAGCUGAGCUCAAAAAACAAUCCAUUCGUGAAACUAUCGAAUUUUAUGGAGCCAAGACGAUAAGUUAUUGUAGUCUUGAAGAGGCCGUGGAAUCUGGGGAACAUUUCGAUGUCAUUUUGAUUGAUCGCAGAGCACUCAAGCCAAAUCAGAAAGUUCGCUCCACAUUAAAGGAUCGCAAAGUGCACAUUGUCUUGAUUGUCAGGUUUGGGCUGCGAAUCUCAGACACACUAACUCGAGAUCUUGAAGUAGAUACUUUGAUUUUCUCGCCAUUGAAUCGAUCGACGACUAGAAGAAUUUUGGAAAAUACCUUGGUUAGCGAUGAAGGCACCAAAACUACACAAGUGGCCCAGGAAGAGGUAUACCCGCUUAACAUUUUAAUUGCGGAAGAUAAUCCGAUAAACUUACGGGUUGCAUUGCAGCAUUUAAAAAAAUUGGGCUAUAUCGCAGACCACGCAAAAGACGGAGUGCAAGUCUUGGAAAAAUGUGAGUCGCGGCUAGCAGAAGGAAAGAAAUAUGACGUUAUUCUUAUGGACAUUCAAAUGCCAAAGAAAGACGGAAUUGAAGCAGCCAUCGAACUACGAAAGUCAUUCAUGGAGCGCAAUUGCGAAUUCUUUUUGCCUCAAAUUGUUGCCUUGACUGCAAACGUUGCAGGUGAAGAUCGCGAGAAGUGUUUGAAGUGCGGUAUGGUAGAUUUUGUCUCCAAACCGAUUUUGCCUGAUGAACUAAAAAGAGUUCUUCUGAAUGCAGCAAGAACCAUUCAAGCUACAGGGGACUGGUCAGCCGACUAUUAG